AUGAUUGUGGAGAGAAUGAGGAUCAGUGGAGAAUCAUGGUCGCUGGAGAGAAAGAUAGUCAGUGGAGUAUUAUGGGAAAUGGAGAAAAUAAUUGUGAAUGGAGAGAAUGAUGGGCACUGGAGAAUUAUAGUCAGUGUAGAGAAUGAUGGCUGUCGAUGGAUAGGCAAGAGGGUUGUGAUCAAUGCAGAGAAUGAUGCUCAAAAGAGAAUGGAUAUGAAUGGUGAACUAUUUCUGGCGAGCGUGCACGGCACGUGCGCAAUACUGUUGGCGACGCUUUACGUGGCCGAGACUGCGAGCGACGGGCCGCGCGGCGCGCUCGGCUGCCUGCUGUCGCUCUUCUGCAGCUCUGGAGUACUUUGCGGCUACGUGCUGGGUGCCUGCCUGUCCUACCGCGCCGUCCUCUACGCCAACAUGGUGCCGCUCCUCCUGUACGUCAUCUGCUUCCCCUUCGUGCCUGAAACGCCGUACAGGCUGGCCAGCACCGGCCGCCAUCAGGACGCCAGAAAGGCGCUGCGGUGGCUCCGUCGCGGAAUCUCCGAGGAGGAGGUGGAGCGCCAGAUGGCGUGCAUCCAGGCCUCGCUGGACGCGGGCGGUUCCAAGCAUGGCGGCGGCGACCGCCGGCCACUGUGCGAGCUCCUGCGCUGCCGGGCCACGCUCGUGGCCGUCGCCAUCGUCCUGCUGCUGUUCCUCAACCAGCAGUUCUGCGGCACCCUCUGCGUCGACAGCUACGCAGUCUUCAUCUUCAACGAAGCUGGCGGCUCCCUGUCACCUGAGGUCGCAACCAUCAUCCUAGGCGCACUGCAGGUGGUUGGCGGCUUGCUGUCGGCGCCGCUGGUGGACCGCAUGGGUCGUCGCCCGACACUGUUCCUCUCCAAUGCGACCGUCGGGUCGUCAGUGGCGGUCUUGGGCGUGUACCUGUACCUCAAGGCGGAGACCCAGGCGGACCUGUCGAGCAUCGGCUGGCUGCCCGUCUCGUGCCUCUCAGUCUACGUGGUGAUGGUGGCCUUUGGUCUGGCCGCACUGCCGUACGUCGUCAUUUCCGAGAUUGUGCCUCCGAGAAUUAGAGGCUUAAUUGCCACCUGCGGCUACAUCGUCAUCUCGCUCGCAGGCGGCACCAUGACCAAGCUGUACCCGCUCAUGUCGGAAAGCAUGGGCACCUACGGUACCUUCUGGUUCUUCGCAGCCGUGUGCGCCCUCUCCACCCUUAUUGCGUGGUUCGUACUGCCGGAAACAAAGGGUCGUCCCAUCGAGGACAUCCUCAGGGAGCUCAACGGUGGCAAGGAUGUCUAUGUCAGCAGUACUUAGUGAUCUACCGACCUCGCAAAUUGCGCCUUUUGCCCAUUACACUGUGUAACAUCAUAGGUUAAGGGUCGACCUGCGACAGAAACCGCACAACUUGCGUACGGGCCGCUAGACGCCGCCGCGAGCGCUAAGAGUGCAUUGCGAUCGCAGGCGCGUGUGUUGCGUACGGGCCGCGAGGUGCCGCCAUGAGCGCAACCGUAUGUAAGUGCCGACGGAAUUCGGCCAGGCCUCAUUUUGUUGGCAUCUCAUUUUUGCCUAUUCUCUUGUUUCCUUAGUUGCUUAGCUCUCAUUCGUUUAUGGGUCUAUUGUGCUCUCUUUCAGCCGUUCUGAUUGUUUUGAUUAACUCCCAAUUGAGAAGUGCUCAUUUUGGCAUUUCACUUUUGCAUAUUUCUCAUUUUGCUAAUAAUCUGACCCUUAGCUUUUUGCAGUUGAAUUGAUUAACAUAGUCUCAUGUACUGUUUGUUCAUU